CCCGUUAGUGUACCAAACCCGAGUACUCAACAACAACCAAUGGGCCAAAACUUUCCGGAAAAGAGACAACAGAUAGUGUACCACAAGCGGUGCCAUGGCAUCAAUCGAAUGCCAACCCUUUGGUUCCCACACGAGCAGGCACACGACAGAACUCAGCAGUUGGAACGUAAGGAUGCCACCGAAAGGGUACAGAACAAAGGAAACCAUUGCAGACAAAGGCGGAACCCACCAAAUUGAAAAGGCUUUCACGGCAAGUUUUCGCUGCUACAGCAAGGAUCAAACCUGUAACACCCGCCUUCCGUGGACCCGGUUCACCCGCGACCCAACAGACCGGUAGGGUUACAUGGACGGUCCGAGAACCGUCCGUAGAGGAAAGUGCAUUAAUGUCCAAUUAUUUUGGAAACGGUUGUGAUUAAUUGGUGAAAUAAAUGCUAGGGAAUUAA